CACACGGCCGCGAACUGGGCUCCUGAACCGCAGCUGUGCAAACGGCACAUUCGCAAACGCAUUUCCCGGCCGCCCGGCCCCGCGGGAGCCCCAGCGCCGGAGCCGCAGCCCGCUCGCCCCGGGCCGGCGUCACCCCGCCCGCUGUGACGCCCCCGGCCCUCCCGCUGUGACGCCCCGAGCUGCCGCUUUUAAGCCGCCCCCUGCAGCCGCCGGCUCUCAGUGCUGUCGCCGCCGCAGCGGGACCGGCAGUGCGUGUGUGGCUCGGAGCGUCGGGAGCUGCGACCCAGCUCGGGACUCGCCUCUUCUCGGCUCUUCUCGCCUUCGCAACGCCGUCUAACGUUGCUCUCCCGGGACUCGGUUCUGGGCUUCUCUUGCCCUCUCCGUGCCCUCUACCCUUGUCCACCAGGGGCUCGGUUCUGGGCUUCUCUUGCCCUCUCCGCGCCCACUCCCCUUGCUCUCCGGGGCUCGUCAGAGUCCGCCGGGCGACUCCUGCGGCUGCUCAUCCCGGAGCGGGCCGUGCCCUCGUCUCCCCCGCACCAGGCAGAGCUCCAUGGCACUGCUCAGGAGGGUGCGGGAGCGGCCGCCGUCUGACGGCGCUUCCGCGCCCAGCACCGCCGGGGCCUCGGAGCUCCGGGAGAAGCGCCGGGGCGGGCUGCACGGCGCGGCCGCCCGUGGCGACCUGGCCUGGCUGCAGCAGCGCUGGUGGCGGAAGAGAUUCUCCAUCAACUCGCGGGAUGCCAACAAGCAGUAAGAGGCGGGCAGUGCCCAUAGCGAAGACACACGUGCUCUGGCUGGAAGAGCCGGCGAAGCCCCACACGAUCGCAAGCACCCUAGGGACAGGCCGGCUCCACAGCGCUGCCCUUAGCGGAGGCCCGCCCCAGCUGGGACAGGAGCCAGCGGAUGCGCUCUGGCACCAGAAACCUUGCUUUCGGCUGCUUUUUUGGCAGUUGAGCCUUGUGCCCCUAGGUGGUUGGCACCACAGCCUGAAACGAUGUCUUCAGCCGUCUUGUCUCUGCUAACUGGAUGUAUUUAAUUUCUAGGACGCCUCUGCAUCUUGCUUGUGCGAACGGCCAUGCAGAUGUCGUUCGCUUUCUGGCAGGAAAGCGGUGCCAGCUCAACCCUCAUGGCAUGUUUGAGAAAACACCACUGAUGCUGGCGGUAGAGCACGAGCACAAAGACUGCGUGACUGCUCUGCUGGAGCACGGUGCCGACCCUGACCACAGAGGUGCUGGCGGCAACACUGCCCUUCACAUGGCUGCCAUCAUGCCCAGCAAAGCGAUGGUGGAGCUCUUACUCGAGCAUAAUGCCCAGAUUGAGGCUAAGAAUGUGUUGGGAUACACUCCUCUUGCCGUUGCCAUCCUCCAACGCCACGAAGAGAUGGUUGAGUUCCUCAUUCAAAAAGGAGCUGAUGUGCACACUCGAGAUCUGCAUGACAGGACCACUCUUGUGAUUGCCGCUUAUGCUGGGAAUGUGAAUGUACUACGGCUUCUUCUUCAGCAUGGUGUUGAUCUUUUUCAUCGAAACAAGUAUGGCUCUGAUGUUUUCGCUUGUCACCGUCAGUUUAAGCCUGAAGUUAUAAAGACACUGGAGGAAUAUGAAAACUGUAAAAGAACAGGAGAACGCUCUGUAGGAGGCACAGGAGGUCCAGCAGUACCUGAGAUCUCUUGCUCUGGGACGACUGCUGCCCCUCCCAUGGGAGCACCUGUGCAGACUGGAGCAGGUGUCUUGCCAGAAGCUGGAGCACAGCAAGAGGAGGAAUGUGACUCCGUGUCUGAUUUAGACCUAACUUCUCUGAAGGUGGGGCCCAACUGGGCUUGCUUACUUUUGAGCUCUUUUCCUUCUGCUUCUGACACAGGCUUGGAAUGCCAGCAUCUCUUCAGUCAAAACAGACACUUAAGAUCAUCGAGUCCAGCUGCACAGCUGGCACUGCCAAGUCCAGAACUGAACCAUGUCCCUUAGCAAUACAUCUACACGUCCCCUGAAUACCUCCAGGAAUGGAGACGGGUCCAGAAGGAGUUUGUGCCAGUUCUAACGCAUGUCUUAAUUCACACAGACUGAUUCUGAAGGUCCAGAGGAAGUGUCCGCUGUCAUGCUGCCUCAUGGUGCAAACCAACAAGGAGCGUGUGCGCAGCCUGUUGCAGAGGAGCAUCAC